AUGACGUGCUCGGGUGCCAAUGCUGUCGAUUAUUCUGCCGGAAAUGGCACUGGGAUUGUUGCUAAAAGCAUCACGGUCGAACAGACGAUCGUCAGCAAAGUCGUCGGCGGGGUUUUAGUGUCGAGUUCUGUCGCGAUGGGGUUGCUGUCAGUGGCACUGGCUUUGUUUGCUGGACUCGGAUCCUUCUCCAGACGCAGGAGAAGGUCUUUGGAGGAAGAAGAAGGAUUCUCCACAAUGGAAAACAUUUUGCACGUGGUCGAGUUGGCGAAGGAGAUGUACGACGGAUAUGACGUCAAGAGUGUCGACUGUCACAGACGACUGAUGUGUCAGUUGUCCAAGACUGAGGCCUAUCACCGAAUCGGGGCCGACAGGGCUUUCAGACUCGCUGACACGUUGGAAACUUGGUUGGAUCUGCCCCCGCCCAUAAAAAUCCUGGUGGACCAGUUGAAAUUUGCAGUUUCUUUUGGCAAUGGACACGAACCCGUCGGGGAUUUGAACCACGAGCCCUGCGAAGACGCCUUCCCGGAAUGCAGCUUCUCAUUUGAGAAUUUUGUCAAAACGAACCUUGUCAAGAAGUGACCUUCAUCCCCGACCCCUUUUUUUUUUUUGAGCAUCACCUCACGUCGUUUUCACGCAGUGAUAUAUUUAUUUGAAGGGUUUAUUUAUUGUAGUUGGCGGUUGCGAUCAAAAAGAGAAAGAGAGAAAGAAAACACUGCUCGAUUUGAAAAA